AUGGCAGAAAUCUCAGGGCCUCCUUUUCAUCGGCUUGUCGACUCCUAUAACUCCACUCCUGUUCCGAACAACUCUCGUGAGGCAUCGGUCUUGCUCUUGGAAUGCACACCAGCUAGCAUGCAGAGAGAGCCGGUAGCGACGAGGGAAGGAUUCCUAGAAAACAGAUCAGUAGGACAGAGGGAAGAAGAAGGGACUCACAGCUCAGACGACAGGCAGGCAGCCGCGUUUGUGAUGACGCAUGGGGAGUACGCUUCAGUGGACUUGAGGGAUCAGUAUGGAAGGCAGGCCGCGUUUAUCCCUUUAUCAGCGGCACCUGAAGUGCUUUCAGCCGGUGACGACCAGCCUCAGUUCGUCCGUAGGGGAAGCUUUGUCGAGGUAGCCAGUACGGGUGAAGUGGUAGCAAGGCUUGACGAAGCGCCGAGCAGUUUCCCUGAUGCGGGGUACCUAUCCGACAUUGCUCACACACAUCCCGUUACUUUCUUUGAACUUAUGGAUCAAACGGUUGUUGGCUACUCACCUAAUAUGGUGCCGAACAUCCCUAUCUUUCCUUUUAUCCCUGGUGCUUCGUACUUGCCGGCUCUAGCUCAUGCAACAAUUGCAGUGGUCGUCUUCUGGAGAAGAAGGAUCCAGCGCUUAGUCCUGCGAGUAAAGAAGAACUUUGAAGAACGGGAGGAGGAGGCGUCAGAGGAGGAAAUAAUAGAGAAGGACUCGGAGGUCCAGAGGGAAUUAAAGCACCCGUGUGUUAUCCAUCUUCUUGAUACACCUGGAAGUCACUCGGAUUUUGCAAGUUUGCUGGUGCAUCUACGAGACUGGAGCCCACUCUUCACGGUAGAAGAGGGCGCAUUCUUCAGGACGACCAUUGAUUACUUCAGGCUCGUUGGAAGGUGGGAUUUUGCUGAGGCUCUGCAUACGCUCCUAGGACUCCAUUUUGCAGAUGACGACAUUAUCCGGUGGCUAGUCAACAGCAACCUCGCGGACCCACAGCGCAGCACUCACCAAGAUCUUUACGACAAUUCCUUUCGGCGCGCAGAAGCGAAGGUCCACGCGCUCAUCCUGUGUGAGGAUCCCUGCUUGAUGAUCAAGGAAGAAGAAGACCCGCUCGGUACGGAUCGCUACCAAUGA